AUGACGCCACUAACAUAUAAUCCUAAAGACAAUAAUUUAUUAGAAAUCUUCCUUACUUGUUUUAUCAUGGGUAUUACAUUCACCAUAUCCAUCAUACUACUAUUAAUAACAUCUUUCUCCUUUUCUAAUAAUAAAUACAUUUGGUUAAUUAUUUAUUCUUUUUUAUUACAUGGAUUUUUCUUAAUGGAAUUUAUUAAUACAUCAUUAUAUCAAUAUAAUUCAGUUACUUCAAAAUCAUUUUUAAUUUAUGGUAAUAAAGGUAAUAAACAAUUUUGGAAUUUACAAUUAUUAACCAUUUGGGAAUAUUUAUUAUUAAGAUUAGAUAAAUUUAAUUGGAUAAUUAUCAAUUAUUUGCCUAACAAUAAUGCCUGUUGUUGGUGGUAUUUGGUUAUACAAAUAUUAGGAUUAAGUAUUAGUUUAUUGGGAUUAUUUAUUCGUCAUUUAGCUAUGAAAACUUGUGGAUUAUCAUUUAAUCAUUAUUUAACCACCACUUUUAAUAAUAAACAACAUGACAAGUUAAUUACUCAUGGAAUUUAUAAAUAUAUUAGACAUCCUAGUUAUUUAGGAUUUUGGUUAUUUUGUAUUGGUAUACAAUUAAUGUUAUUAAAUAUUGGUAAUUUAAUAUUAUCAAUUUAUAUUUUGAAUUGGUUUUUCAAAAUUCGAAUUCAAUAUGAAGAAAAUCAAUUAAUAAUUAAAUAUGGUGAUAAAUAUAUUAAUUAUCAACAAACUACAAAAUCAAAAAUAUUAAUUCCAUUUAUAUAA